AUGACGAGACCCAUGGAUAUCGACACCACACUCCUGUCCCCUGAGGCGCAGACCGCCCUACUAGAAGCCAUCACCCGGUCUCACCACCACCGCAGCCGCAGCGGCGAAAGGCCUGGGUCGGAUUUGGGUGUCAGGCUGCCGCUACCCCCGCCGUCGGCCAUCGCCGCCGCCGAAUCGUCCCUCCCCUCCCCCUCGUCGCCAGACUACCUGGCCGGCCGGCCGGCCGCCGACGUGGUCAGCCACAUAACGCGGGAUAUCCUCCCGGCCAUGACGGGCCAGGCCCAGAGCGGACGGUACUACGGCUUCGUCACGGGCGGCGCCCUCCCCGUGGGCCAGUGGGCCGACGGCCUGGUCGGCCGCAUCGACCAGAACGUCCAGGUCCACCUCCCCUCCCAGACGGCCGCUACCGCUGUGGAGGACAGCGCCCUGGAGAUGGCGGCGCGGCUGGUCGGCCUCGACGCCGCCGCCUUCCCGGGUAGGACCAUCACGACUGGUGCCACGGCCUGCAACAUGCUCGGUCUGGCCUGCGGGAGGGAGGCUGUCGUCGCCGACGGCAGCGGCAGCGGCAGCGGCAGCGGCAACGGCAGCACUGCUGGUGGUGAUGGUGGUGGUAUAGGCGAACUGGGUAUCCUGGAGGCUUGCUCCAGAAAGGGCAUCCGGGAGUUCCAGGUCCUCACCAGCGGGGGGCACAGUUCCCUGUCCAAGGCGGCGAGCAUCGUCGGCCUGGGGAGGCGGUCCGUCAAGGAGCUGGGCAUCAGCCGGGAUGAGCCGUGGAUCCUCGACCUCGACGCUGUGGAGGACCAUCUUGCCAGGCCGGCCGUUGCGUCCAUCAUAUCUGUCAGCGCGGGUGAGGUCAACACGGGACGGUAUGCGGUGCGCGAUAUGCCCCGUCUCAGAGCCUUGGCUGACAAGUAUGGUGCUUGGAUCCACGUUGAUGCCGCUUUUGGCAUCUUUGCUCGUCUCCUGCCCGACUCGCAUGAGUUCGCGACACUUAAGAAGCAGGUUGAAGGGUUGGAAUUGGCAGACAGUAUCACCAUUGACGCACACAAGGUUCUCAACGUGCCAUACGACUGCGGCAUCUUCUUCACCCGGUCCCUAUCCACCCUCCAGGCCGUGUGCACCAACGGCAAUGCAGCCUACCUCCUCAGCGCCUCAGCGGACGCGCCGUCCUCGAUCCCGUCGCCCCUCAAUGUCGGUCUCGAGAACAGCCGGCGGUUCCGUGCGCUGCCGCUGUACGCUGUCCUCCUGUCCGAGGGCAGGGCCGGUCUGUCGGGGUACGUGACCAGCAUGGUGCGGCUGUCCCGGCGUCUGGCGUCGUACAUCCAGGUGUCGGAGCAUUACGACCUUCUCCCCGACGCCCCUGACGGAGCGGAAACACAGGGUGACGGUGACGGUGAUGGUGAUGCCAUCGACCAGAUCUUCAUCAUCGUCCUGUUCCGCGCACGCGACGCCCGCGUCAACGACGUGCUGGUCGAGAGGAUCAACGCCACGAGGAGCAUGUACGUCAGCGGGACGUCGUGGCGGGGCGAAAAGGCCGCUCGCAUCGCCGUGUCGAGCUGGAAGGUUGAUGCGGACGCGGAUUUCGACGUGGUCACGUCUAUCCUCGAGGACGUCGCUCUCGAGGGGCGGGGUGAUCGUUCCCGCGGUGUAACAUCACACGAAUAG